AUGUCACAGCUCUCCGUUGCUUGUGCUAAAGCAGGCCCACUUGCCGCGCUGCCCCCAGACAAGCUUCAAGGGAUUGCAAGACGUUUCCACGCCUUCUACCGGACUUUUAGGUGCUUCCGCCGGAUCCUGCGAUAUCAGCACACGACUCUCGAGUCGUACCAUGAAUACCAGCAAACCUGGGAUGAGUGUAAUGAUUUUCUUCAUCACAAUCCAGGAUGGCGUCCCCGCGACACAACGCCUCAGACGAACUUACUGCAUCAAACCGCCUGCUAUGUCUAUAGCCCCUCCGACUUGGACCUCCUCGAGAGGCGCCUUGAUUUGCAGCUACAUAUCAUGAAUGCAAAGCUGGAUGAUAUCAUUUCGUAA